AUGUCUUCGGGCCCUGUUAGACCUGCGGCUGGAGGGCGUGCCGUCCCCUUUACACAGAAGUUCAUCGAUAGCUUUGCAUGCGGAUGCGUGUAUGUGUAUUGGGAUAAUCAGAUGUUUUGGAUGCCCAACAUUCCUGGAUCUAGGCCAGAAGAUUGCUUAAUCGGGGAAACACGGGAAAGGAACAUGCAGGACAGCUGCCACAAGUGUGACGCUGAGCAAUACUACAAGCAUAUCCAGUCUACAAAUGUCGAAGUCUCCAACUGGAGGCAGGAACUGAAAAUGUUCAAUGAGGAUGAGAACAAGGAAAGUCAACACGUGGAUCCCAAUAUGAUGCCUCCUUCACCAAUCGAUAGCGACCCUCCUUCGUCUCCGAUAAUGUCAAAGAUUGAAGAUUCAACUCCCGCGGGGGACACUGACUCCAACCAGCACAAGCGAGUUAUCACUUUUGGAAGUUUCCCUGCGCAGGAGUUCCCGAUCAGGUCCAGUGAAGACGUCCAAAUGCCGCUUACCGUGGCGCCUCGUAACAACGUUCAAGAGGAAACCCUUGCAAUAGUCACCACAAGCGCCCCCGACAAGAUCAUUGUUUUGGACGUCGUCGUUCCAGUCAUCACUCCAAAGAAGCCCAGCUAUGCUGAUGUUCUCAAACGCAAGACAAUUACUCCACGUUUGGAAAGCGCAGAAGCCAGCCUGAUGACGCUGGAAACGCCUGUGCUUGAGUGUGUCAAGCCAGUCAAACCCCCGUUUCGACAAAGACUAGUCUUCAAGAGUAGAGCUCUUGCAUCUAAUGAACCGUCUUCUUCGGGAGUGGUUCAAGCCAAAGAUGAACCCAAGGUCAGUCACGGGGUCGCCAACUUGAGAGUGGAUAUUCCGCUGCCCGGGAUACACGGUCUGUCAUCUUCUGAGUUCAUCGAGGAUAGCCUUUUCGAUAGGUAA